AUGAAAAGUUCAUAAAACUUUCGUAUCAAAUCGAUUAAAACAAACUAAUAAAGCUCAAAUCAAUACAGAUCUUUAUAAAUGAGUUUAACUUGUAAAUCAUUAACAAAUAGAGUUGUAAAGUAGCCAAGCUAAUUUUAAAAAAGUGUCAUCUAAAUUUAACCAAGACAAGUCUUAUAAAAAUAGAGUAGUAUCAAUUGUAGAUAGUCACUUGUUUCUGUUACUGAAAGUUAGGUAAGUGUUGAUGAAGAAUUUGAAAUUUGGGAUAACAAUUAAGACCUUAGAUUGAAAAAAUUAGUGAUUGAAGAAAGAAAACCCUCAGUUGGAUAGUUUCUAUCAUUAUACAAAGCUAGAUAUGGGUAUGAUUAUAUAAUACAUAAGAGGAUUCCCUGGAUAUAGAUAAUAGAUUUAGAAUGAGGAAGUCAUUAAAGCUGCUAUAACUCAUGCAUCAUCGAGUAAAUAAUUAUUCAAGAAAUAUUUUCCAAAAAAAAUGAUAGUAUUUGAAGAUGACAAUGAUUAUUCUUAGCCAUAUAAUAUAGAAGAUGAUUAACAUUUUAAAAGUUUCAAUCGUUUUUUUAGAAAUAAAAAGCUUUAAUCUUCUCUCAAGAUCCCUUUAUAGAAUUAGAUUGAAAAAAGUAGAUGA